AAGAUUAUAUAGGUGCAAUUGCUAAUGACUUUAAGAAUAACAACCAAGUAGCUAUUCAUAGAGAUCUUAUAAAUAUUGAAGCCAAUUUAACAAUUAUUCAAGACAAUCAUAUAUUUGCCAAAGAAGAUCAUAUGAAUAAUAUUCAAGAUAACUUUGAUAAGGAAGAUUAUAAAAUAGCCACUCAAGAUAACCUUGUAAAUAAUAAGAAAAACUACUUAGCUUUUAUUUGUAAUGUUUUUACAGAUGUUAAUGACAACUAA